GACCUAUUGUCCAAAUGGAUGGCCAUCUUCAAAGAGAUUCUGAGAGAUAGACUAUCACAUCCAAUUAGUUCCAGCACAUUGUGUGCUGCACUAACAAGUGGGAGGAAACCCUGAAACAGUCUGCUGUUGUGCUACUCUCUGGGCCCAAGCAUUAUCACCACAGAAGGUGGACGUUAUUGCUCAAUAAUAGGCAGUCAGCAUGUCAGCAUGUUGGGUCAAGAC